AAAAAAAAAAAAAAAGCAAAAAAAGCGAGAGAAACUAAAGAAAGAACAAGAAGGGAAAAAAACAGACAGCCUUGCAUUUAUUAGGUCUGAGUCCAGAGGGGAAGUUUGAUGAGGCUAAAAAAGUGAGAGGACAGGAAGCUAAAGCGCGAGGUCCGUGUUGUGUUCUUGUUUGUUACCGAGUCAGUGUGCGUCAACAAACAGCUCUGCCUCCCGCACGAGGAAGUUGGUAAAUAGGGGGUUUGACCUCGUGCUGACAAACUGGAUUAAAGCUCGCUGCAGCAAGAGAAGAAGAAGAAAAAAAGAAGAAGAAGAAAGAGGAGACGGCUAGCAAGUGACCCCAGCUAGCGGCAGUUGUUGUUUAGCUAAAUUAGGGUUGUUUAGCUGGAGCCGCCCGCUACGCUUGACCUCUGAACGAGUCGGAGAAACUAGCGGAGACCCCUGCACAGCAGCUGCCGCCCAUCAUGGCGAGUGAUAUGAUAUUUCUUAUGCGAGGCCUGGCGAAGCUGAGCCAGGCCGUCGUGGAGACUCAGAGCAACGCCUUGCGCAACAGGACCGGAGCUGCAGGAGUUGGUGCUGCUGUCGAAAGUGUCCAAACAGCUGCAGAACAARGCCUGUCUGCAGCCAUGACGAAAAUACAGGAGCUGUCUGCUCAAGAACAAACCACCUCAUCGGAGUCAGAGUUCGACUUUCCUCAGGACGAUGUGCCGUUCACAGAGUCGGAGUUCAGAGAAGGCGGUACAGACUUCACAACGGAUCACUCAGGAAGCAGCGCCGACGCUGCAGCAGAGACGAACCACGUCGGUGGAAAGCAGUCCGUGUUCGAGGGAUACAAAGAUCCGAGUAAACACUUCAGCGGUCACACCAGGUCGUAUCACCAAGACGCCAGGCUUUACCUUGGGCAGCAUCAGCUCUACAGCCCCAGCCUGAGCAGACAUGUGCUGCAGGAGAUAAAUGGUCAGCAUCCAGCGAGUCAGUCCAGGAGCUACCAUCAGGACCAGCCYUCAGUUGGAGGCCUGACAGCUGAAGACAUCGAGAAAACCAGCCAGGGCAAGAGAGGCGACAUGAAACCACACAAACAGAUGUUGAGUGAAAGAGCCAGAGAGAGGAAGGUGCCGGUGACUCGGCUCAGCAGACUGGCUAACUUUGGAGGUUUAGCUGUAGGUCUGGGUAUUGGAGCUUUAGCAGAAGUCGCCAAGAAGACCAUCGGAAUGAACGGCACAGGUGAAAAUAAGAAAGCGGUUCUGGACUCGAGCCCCUUCCUGUCUGAGGCCAACGCUGAACGCAUCGUCAGAACUCUGUGCAAAGUCCGAGGGGCUGCGCUGAAACUGGGGCAGAUGCUCAGCAUUCAGGAUGAUGCUUUCAUCAAUCCUCAGCUUGCCAAGAUUUUUGAGCGAGUGAGGCAGAGUGCCGACUUCAUGCCCAUCAAACAAAUGACGAAAGCUUUGUACAGUGACUUGGGCCCGAACUGGAGGGACAAGCUGGAGUCGUUCGAGGAGCGUCCUUUUGCAGCGGCGUCCAUCGGCCAAGUUCACCUGGCGAGGAUGAGGGACGGCCGGGAGGUGGCCAUGAAAAUCCAGUACCCCGGUGUGGCUCAGAGUAUCAACAGUGACGUCAACAACCUGAUGGCCGUGCUGAACAUGAGCAACGCCCUGCCUGAAGGUCUUUUUCCAGAGCAUCUGAUCGACGUAAUGAGGAAAGAACUGGCACUGGAGUGUGACUACAUCCGAGAAGCCAAAUGUGCAAAGAAGUUCAGGGAGCUGCUGAAGGAUGACGAGUUCUUCUACGUACCAGAGGUGAUAGAUGAGCUGAGUGGCCGCCAUGUUCUGACCACAGAACUUGUUUCUGGGUUUCCUCUAGACAAGGCUGAGAACCUCUCACAGGAGCUGAAGAAUGAGAUCUGCAUGAACAUCUUGUUGUUGUGCCUCAGAGAGCUGUUUGAGUUCAGGUACAUGCAGACGGAUCCAAACUGGUCCAACUUCUUUUAUGACCCCCAGACACACAAAGUGGCGCUGUUGGACUUUGGAGCUACAAGAGGAUUCGACCAAAGUUUCACCGAUGUCUACAUAGAGAUAAUCCGAUCAGCUGCYGAGGGCAACAGAGAGGGAGUCCUGAAGAAAUCCAUCGAGAUGAAGUUCCUCUCAGGGUACGAGUCUAAGGCCAUGGUGAACGCUCACGUGGACGCCGUGAUGAUCCUCGGCGAGGCCUUCGCGUCCAUGGAGACCUUCGACUUCGGCUCCCAGUCCACCACCGAGAGGAUCCACAACCUGAUCCCGGUGAUGCUCAAACACCGCCUCACCCCACCUCCCGAGGAGACGUACUCGCUGCAUCGCAAAAUGGGCGGCUCCUUCCUCAUCUGCUCCCGGCUGAACGCCAAGCUGCAGUGCAAGAACAUGUUCCAGAAGGCCUACCAGAACUACUGGGAGGGCCGCGCCUCCCCCCGCUACUGAGCCCAGUCUGACGGGCUUGWCCUGGGGCCAACAGCACAGUGCUGAUUGAUGGAGGGUUUAGGGGUGAGAAGAUGAAGAGCAGCAGAGCCAAGGCUGUGAUACCUGCUUUUAUUUUUAUUUUUUUUACUCAUCACUGAGAACCUGAGUGUCUUUACUAGUUUGAAAAGCUAAGAAUGAAGAUUUGAAAAGCCGUCCAUCCGAUCAUCCCUUGUUUUUACCUGCUUCUCCUUUCUGGGUAGAGGGGAGCUGGUGCCCUUCUUCAGCAGUCACUGUGAGAGUCGUGGUGCAACCUGGACACGUAACAAGUCCGUCACAGAGACAAACAACCAUUUACUCUCACACCUAGGGAGAAUUUAGAGAUAUUAAUGAAGCUAACGUGCAGGUAUUUGGUGGUACCAGAGUACCCAGGACAACAUGAAACUUCCACCCACAGAGGCCGCCAUGCAGCCGAUUAAAGUCWUUCUACAUAUUCAAAGGAACAUUUUCUCAUUUGAUAGAGAAGCAGGAGUGUAAUAUCAGCAGAUUUUUAGUUAAAUGUUUUUGUAUGGCCUCUACAGGAGAACCUGAAUGUGAAAAGGUUGGGAUUUUAUCUCUAUCCAAUAGCUUCAACAUAAUUCUUGGGUUGUUUUUGUUUUCGUCGUUGUAUUGCUGUGAUUUCCUAAACUUUUAGAUAACAAGGUCCAGUUUUAUAUUUACCACAACCUUCACUUUUGCUAAGAGAGCAACACUGAUUGUAAAAAGGAGACAACCUCAAACUACCAAACCAAAAGUCACAACCUGACGCAGUUGAUAGAUUUUGUGGACUUUGAGUCUCAGUUUUGACCAACGUGUCUGUGUUUAGGGAUUAAGUCGGCUCCUUUUUAAGGACGCUCCAUUAAAACUGUCUGCGUUUGAAUAAUAGUAAUAAAGCUGAUAAGAAUGAAUAGUUAAGUGGCGGAUUUAGUGUUGAAGUUGAUGACAGGUGCGUAGGUUUAAUGACUAACAGAUGUUGGUCAAGCUCAGAGUGUGUAUUUAUAGCACGGACAGAAACUUCUGGAUCAGCGUCGCCAUCCGGAUCACAGAACUGAUGGACACCGUUGGACACAAAUCAGCUGCUGUUCAUACCUGUGUGUGUGUGUGUGUGUGUGUGUGUGUGUGUGUGUGUGUGUGUGUGUGUGUGUGUGUGAAACCAUAGAUUCAAAGGGUUCAUUUGUUUGAAAAGGGAUUCAGGGUUUUUCUAAGAUGGAUUCCAAUGUCGAUUUAAGAAAUCAAAGCAGUUGAUGGCCAGUUUUUAAAACCAGUUUUUGUUGGUUUCUGACCCUKAAAUAUAUAUAAUCAUGUACAUUAGGGUAUAAAACUUUUUAUUAAAAAGGAUCAAAAAAGCAAACAAACGGCGACUGAACAAUUUGGUGCGACAUUUACAAAAGGUUGAGUGUGAGAGUAGUAAUCUGGAUUGUGACUGAGAUUAGUCGGCAACUCAGAAUGCUGAGAAAUUUGGCAAAUUUUCAGUUACAGUUGAAAUUCAGAGUGUUUGUGACCAGCAAGCUGUGCAGCUGCAUUUUGCACAAUAAAAAUUUGAUUUUGUUUUUAA